CCAACUUCUUCUUAAUCACAACAAACUCUAAACAUCAUUAAGCACUUACAAAGCACUUGUUCUUGUGUUCUAAUAGCCUUGAACUAGCUUCUCAUUUAACUGAAAUGGCUAUUCCAGUGAUUGAUUUCUCCAAGCUCAAUGGGGAGGAAAGAGCCAAAACAUUGGCCCUCAUCGACAAGUGCUGCGAGGAAUGGGGAUUUUUUCAGUUGGUGAACCAUGGGAUUCCAGAGGAGCUUCUGGAGAGAGUGAAGAAUGUGAGCUCUGAAUUCUAUAAGCUGGAAAGGGAAGAGAAUUUCAAAACCUCCACCCCGGUGAAGAUGCUGAAUGAGUUGGUGGAAUCAGGAAGUUCCGGCAAGGUGGAGAGUGUGGACUGGGAGGAUAUUUUCCUUCUUUCGGAUAGCAAUGAGUGGCCAUCACAGACUCCCGGAUUCAGAGAAACAAUGGGAGAAUACAGAGGUGAACUGAAGAACCUGGCACUCAAGGUUAUGGAAGUGAUGGACGAAAACUUGGGCUUGCCAAAAGGAUACAUUAAGAAGGCCUUCAAUGGCGGAGAAGAAGAUACUGCAUUUUUUGGCACCAAAGUAAGCCACUAUCCUCCUUGUCCACACCCUGAGAUGGUUAAUGGCCUACGAGCUCACACCGAUGCAGGAGGAGUCGUCUUACUCUUUCAAGACGAUCAAGUGCACGGGCUUCAAAUUCUCAAAGACGGAGAAUGGAUUGAUGUUCAACCAAUGAAAAAUUCUAUAGUCAUCAACACUGGUGAUCAAAUCGAAGUGCUGAGCAAUGGAAGAUACAAGAGUGUCUGGCACAGAGUUCUGGCAUUGCGCGAUGGAAAUAGAAGAUCAGUUGCCUCCUUUUACAAUCCAUCUUACAAAGCUACCAUUGCCCCUGCUCAGCAACUAGUUGAAAAAUCAAACAAAGAAGCAAAUCAACAUUACCCAAGAUUUGUGUUUGGUGAUUACAUGUCUGUUUACACUGAACAGAAGUUCCUCCCUAAAGAACCAAGGUUCCAAGCUGUGAAAGCAAAGUGAAAACCUCACUAUAGUCAACUUCUCACUAAGAAGAAAUAGCAUUUUGAUUUUAAUUUUUGUUGUUAUGUGUCUGGGAUGGUCUGUGUGGCCAGACCUUUUUUCAACUUAUCCUACAUAAGUUUUUUCCACUUUUAAGUCGAGGGGAAAAAAAUAAUAAUCCUGUAUCACUAUUUUUCUUUUGCAUGUAAUGUAAGGUUGUUACUUAGUAAUUACUGAAGUUUACCAGUA